AUGAGGAGCUGUGUGGAAUGGAACUGGGCCGUUACUUACAAACAUCUUUGGAUGUUGCAAACAAAACAGGAUUCCUUAUGGGUAAAAUGGGUGCACUCCAAGUUCUUGAAGCAUGAAUUAAGCAUUUGGACUUGUAGAAUUACCGAUGACAUGACUUGGUCUUUGAAGAAGAUUUUGAAACUGAAAAACAACCUUGAUUUGAUCUUUCAUAUUCGUCUUGGAGAUGGGCUUGGAACUCUAUUUUGGAACGACCCUUGGUUCGAAAACCGACCAUUGAUCAUUGAAGAGGAAUUCCAAGGAUUGAGAAUUAGAAAGGAUUGUACGGCUGCCACGGUUUGCGAUAUUGAUGUUGGGCUUUGGGCUUCAAUUAUUAGACGGGUUCCGGAAGGAAGACUAGUAUUAUAUUAUUUUAGUAGUAUCCGUCUAAGUGAUAGGUCUGAUGUUCACUCUUGGGUAGUUGAGGAGGAUGGUAAAUUGAAGUCGAGAAUGGUUUGGAAUGCUAUAAGAGAAAGAGGUCAAAUUGUCGAUUGGGCUGCUCUCGUAUGGUCUUCAAAGGUUAUUCCGAGGCAUUGUUUCAUCCUUUGGUUGACUUUCCGUGGUACACUUAGUACCCGUGAUCGUAUUCUUGCUUAUAUUGAUAUUCUGGACGCUAAUUGUGUUCUUUGUAGUGGGUUUGCGGAGUCCAUUGAUCAUCUUUUGGGUGGCUAUUUUUUUGCUAAGUAUAUUUGGAAUCUUUUCACUUUAGCCAUGGGAAUUGUGAGCUUGUCCGGUUCUUGGGAGGAUAUAAAAGUUGAUGCACAAGUCUUAUCUAAAGGUAGUAAAUUUCAUGCUAACGUCUUUAAGUGUGGGUUUGCUGCCAUCGUUUAUCAUUUGUGGGCCGAGAGAAAUGCUAGAGUCUUUGGUAGAGUUCAUCGAAACGUUGAUCAUGUGUGGAGCAACAUUGUAUUUAAUUAUGGUGCGCUAAUUAGAACAUGGAGGCGGGUUCCUAAAGGUGAGCGAGAAUGGGUCCUUUGUCGCGAAUGA